AUGCCGUAUAACUUUUUGUGUAUCGCACUGUUUUCUUCUCUUUUUGGAAGAGCAAUACAUGCCAUAGCACGUAUCAGUGAGGAAUUUUGGUUUGACCCCACAGAAAAAGGUCUUGCCUUAAGAUCAGUGAAUUCUUCAAGGUCGGCAUAUGCCUACGUCUUCUUCUCGUCUACGUUUUUUCAACAUUACUGCUGGACAGCCACCUCUCAGCCGUGUCAGAAGCAAAAACAGUUAUCCCUCCCAUUUAAAUUGAUAAUUAAGUCAGUUCUUCCUGUAUUUAGGUGUGCAAAUGUGCUGGAAAGGAAUGUAGAGAAAUGCAGCAUUUUUAGAAAUAUUAAUGGUCAUCACAUAACUUUUCAGCUCCUCUGCAAACACGGUGUGGUAAAAACAUAUAAUCUGACGUUGCAAGAAUGUGACCCGUUGCAGGCUGUUUUUGCAAAGCACAUGUGUCCAAACAUCCUUAAAGUCCACUCCAG